AUGGGAGAAACGAGGGCUUUGCUCUCCUGUGAUUGUACGCGGGCUCGAUGUAAAGAGAACGGCGCAUCAGGUGCGGAUCGGAGGAAAAGAUGGACAGAGCUUUUCGAUCAGCUCGAUUUAAAUAAGGAUGGAAGAAUCGACAUAAACGAACUUCGUGUGGGACUCGCGGCCUGGGGGGUCGUGCGCCCUGACGUGGAUGAGGUAGUGCGUGUAAGUGAUACAAAUCAUGAUGGCCUGCUGGACUUUGAGGAAUUUACCCAGUAUCUACACGCCCAUGAGAAAGAACUUAGACUCAUGUUCCACAGUCUGGACCACAACAAUGAUGGUCAUAUAGAUGUGAUGGAAAUCCAGCAGUCUUUGCACAAUCAGGGUGUGAAGGUGUCAGCAGAACAGGCUUCCAGGAUACUGCAAAGUAUGGACAGAGAUGGAACCAUGACCAUUGACUGGACAGAGUGGCGAGAUCAUUUCCUGUUUAACCCAUUCCACAACAUGGAGGAAAUUGCCCACUACUGGAAGCAUUCUUUGAUGCUUGAUAUUGGAGAACAUCUAACAGUGCCGGAUGAGUUUUCUGAAAGGGAGCGGAGGGCGGGGUUGGUCUGGAGGCAGCUAGUUGCUGGUGCAAUGGCUGGAGCUGUAUCCAGAACAGGAACUGCUCCCCUGGACAGACUCAAGGUGUUCUUACAGGUUCAUGGAUCGGGGGGCCUUAGCAUAUGGGGCGGACUUCAACGAAUGGUCCAGGAAGGAGGUAUCCAGUCAUUUUGGAGAGGCAAUGGUAUAAAUGUACUGAAAAUCGCUCCUGAGUCUGCUAUCAAGUUCAUGGCAUACGAACAGAUAAAGAGGCUUAUUCAAGUCUCCAAUGAAGGAGGCACACUAAGGGUGCAGGAGAGGUUUGUUGCUGGCUCACUAGCUGGAGUGAUUGCUCAGACUAUCAUCUAUCCCUUGGAGGUAUUAAAGACACGUCUUACUCUUCGAAAGACAGGGCAGUACACUGGCGUGGUUGAAUGUGCAAAGAAGAUUUUAUCUAAAGAAGGGGUGCAAGUCUUUUACAGAGGCUAUGUGCCCAACACACUAGGCAUCAUUCCCUACGCUGGCAUUGAUCUGGCUGUUUAUGAGACUCUGAGAAAUGCCUGGUUACAGAGAUAUUGCAUGGGUUCGGCUGACCCUGGUGUUUUGGUGCUGCUUGGCUGUGGCACAGUGUCGAGCACUUGUGGCCAGCUAGCUAGUUACCCACUGGCCCUCGUCCGCACUCGCAUGCAGGCACAAGCAUUUACAGAAGGAGUGCCAAAGCUGUCCAUGGUGGGUCAGUUUAAGCACAUAGUUACCCAUGAGGGCAUCCCAGGCUUGUAUCGUGGCAUUGCCCCCAAUUUCCUCAAGGUCAUCCCUGCUGUUAGCGUCUCCUAUGUUGUUUAUGAACAUAUGAAAAAAGUCCUGGGAGUGAGUUCAUAA